UUCUCUGCUCAACAGCUUCCUUCAUUCUUCAGCAAUAUACCAACCCAGACAGACCGUCGAGAUCACCUCGAAGGAUGUCGGGAUCAUCUGAAGCACAACAUCUCCUGGUUCUGGGUUCCUUUGCUAUCUUGGUGCAGCUCCUUUGCGUUGCUAAUGCUCAAAAUCAAUCUCAGCCAACUACAGACCCUGAUGAAGCGAGAAUACUAAACUCCAUAUUUCAACAAUGGGGAAUAUUAGCAGCCGCUGGAUGGAACAUAAGUGGUGAGCUUUGCAGUGGAGCCGUCUUAGACCCCCAAGUCUUCGACUACGGUACUUACGACCCCGUCAUCGCAUGCCAAUGCGACAACUCCACUUGCCACAUCACCAAAUUAUGCCAUUUUUACAGAAAAGUUUUCGCCUUGAACGUUGUAGGUGUGAUUCCGGAUGCACUCUGGAACUUGACCCACCUCACCGAUCUGAAUUUGGGUCAAAAUUAUUUGACUGGUCCUUUAUCUGCAUCUAUUGGCAAUCUAAUUCAAAUACAACGCCUGAGUAUUGAACUUAAUGCUUUAUCCGGCGAGGUUCCAAAGGAACUUGGACUACUUACUGAUUUAAGAUUGUUGUCAAUUACUUCAAAUAACUUCUCUGGUCCUUUGCCAUCUGAGCUUGGGAAUUGUUUGAGAUUGGAGCAGCUUAAAAUUGAAAGCUCUGGAGUUAGUGGUGACAUUCCUUCGACAUUUGCUAAGCUACAAAAUCUAGUUGAGCUAUGGGCAUCUGACAUUGAACUCACAGGCAGGAUACCUGACUUUAUUGGAAAUUGGUCAAAGCUUAGUAUUCUGAGGUUUCAAGGAAAUUCUUUUCAUGGUCCAAUACCUUCAACCUUUACUAAUCUAACUUCAUUAACAGUAUUGAGGAUUAAUGGUUUGUCUGAUGGAAGUUCUACACUAAACUUUAUUAAGGAUAUGAAGUCCUUAAUCACCCUGGAUUUGAGUUUCAAUGAUAUAUCCGGGCAAAUUCCAGACUCACUUUUCAAUUUAAGUCCAGUAACUAUUUUGUUUCUUGGAAAUAACAAGUUGAAUGGCACUCUUCCCACACAAAAAAGUCCAUCUCUUCUCAAUAUUGAUGUAUCAUACAAUAAUUUAGCUGGGAGCUUUCCUUCUUGGGUUAGUGAACAGAACUUAUCACUAAAUUUAGUUGCCAACAACUUCACCAUGGAAUCUUCAGACAACAGUGGCUUACCAUCAGGACUCAACUGUCUUCAACAAAACUUUCUUUGCAAUCGUGGUUCUGAAAGAUAUUAUAACUUUGCAAUUAAGUGUGGUGGUCCAGAGAUUAGAUCCUCGGAUGGAGUUGUGUUUGAGAGGGAUGAUGAGAUUCUUGGCCCAACCUCAUAUUUUGUGACUGACACAAAGAGGUGGGCGGUCAGUAAUGUUGGAUAUUUUACUUGGAGAAGUAAUCCUCAAUAUACCACAAAUUCAACAUCUCUAUUUACAAACACUCUAGACUCAGAGUUGUUUCAUACAGCACGGAUCUCUGCUUCCUCACUAAGGUACUAUGGAUUGGGGCUCGAGAAUGGCAAUUAUACUGUGAGCCUCCAAUUUGCAGAAAUUCAGAUUGAUGAUUCUACCACAUGGCAAAGUCUUGGGAGACGGAUUUUUGAUAUAUAUGUCCAGGGGAAUCUUGUUUUUAAGGAUUUUAACAUACUGAAGGAGGCAGGUGGAUCCUCUAGACAAGCUGUUAAGAAAGAUAUUACAACCCAGGUAUCUGAAAACUACCUUGAAAUUCAUCUAUUUUGGGCUGGAAAGGGGACUUGCUGUGUACCAUAUCGAGGCGCAUAUGGACCUUUGAUUUCAGCAAUCAGUGCUACUCCGAAUUUCAAACCUACUGUUAGUAAUAAGCCUCCGAGCAGCAGCAAGAACAGAACUGGUCUGAUUGUAGGGGUUAUUGUUGGUGUUGGAGUUGUCAGCUUUUUGUUCCUUGCAGCAUUCUUCAUUUUUGGGAGAAGGCCAAAAACCAAUGAAGAUGAAGAGCUCCAAGGAAUAGAUGUCAGACCAUAUACCUUCAGUUAUGCUGAACUAAAAUCUGCUAUAGAGGAUUUUAAUCCGGCAAAUAAGCUAGGAGAGGGAGGAUUUGGACCGGUCUAUAAGGUAUUAGUUUUGAUGUAGGGAAGGAAGUAGAAGAGAUGAAGGGACAAGAAGAUAGGGAAAUAGGGAAGAGAACUUGAGGAAAUACAUAGGAGAGGGAAAGUACUCAAUUGAGUGAAAUCAUAAACAUAUGAUAAUCUA